AUGCGUUUUACUACCGCCACCAUCGUCUCUGCUCUCGCCGUCGCCGCGUCGGCUUUGACUAGCCCCGACUACACCAAGAACCCUUCGGGCAACGCCAUUGUUUCCCCUGGCUUGAACGAGAUCGUCCCUGAGGGCAAGGCCUACACCAUCAAGUGGCAGCCUACCACCACUGGCCCCAUCUCCCUGGUCCUCCUCCGUGGCCCCUCCAACAACGUGCAGCCCCUCAAGACCCUCGCCGAGUCUAUCCCCAACAGCGGCUCCUUCUCCUGGACCCCCGGCACUGACCUCGAGGUUGACACCACCCACUACGGUCUCCUCCUCGUCGUCGAGGGCACCGGCCAGUACCAGUACUCCACCCAGUUCGGUCUCGGCGCCGCCGCCGGUGGCUCCUCCGAGUCCACCAUCAAGAUCAGCACUGCCGGCCCUACCAGCACUGGCGCCGCCACUACCACCAUUGAGACCACCGAGAGCACCACCAUCUGCCCCGAGACCGAGACCACCUCGGCCCCGGCCACCACCGCCACCCCGGCCUUCUCCACCGUCGUGCAGAGCACCGAGAUCACCACCACCAUCUGCCCCGAGACUGAGUCCACCGGCGUUCCCCAGACCUCCACCGUCGCCCCCGUCAGCUCCCCCUCCAGCAUCCCCUGGGUGUCCUCCGCUCGCACUUCCGCCACCUCCACCGCCAUCCCCUCCGGCACCGCCUCCGCCUCCCCCUCGGCCUCCUCGCCCGUCUUCAACGGUGCCGGCCGUAACGCUAUCAGCUUCGGCGCCGUCUUCGCCGGUGUCCUCGCUGCUUUCGCCCUCUAA